AAUAAAUGCUUUAUGUAGAGUGAAUAUUCAGCAAUAUAGUUGACAGGAAUAUUAGAAAACAAUAUUCAAAAAUAUUCCUGGAAUAUUCGUUUGCAAUAUUCGGGCAAACAAGCGCUGUCGAAGAGGUGGCGGUUUUGUGAACUACUAGAAAAUCUUGAUUAUUUAAAACAAAGGGAGGUGUGCCGCUGACUGCUUAGAUUUGCGCCAAAAUUUCUUUCUUUGUAGCUCAAAUGCUGGCAUUAUUGUCAAUGCUCUCCCUGCUGCUGAUUUGAGAGUGCCGAAGACGUCGAUCAGAAAAUUUUGAGAAUCGCUGGGAUCGCACUUGCCGUCCCCGCCUUAACUGCUGGAGUGGAGUACAUCUUUUUUUAAAGUCUUGAUAAGAGUGCUGAAGGAUCAAAGCAUGCAAAAUAAAAGGGAUCAAGGUCGCGACAAAGUGAUCAUGAAAGACUUUGUCUUGGUCUCCUAUAGUUGUGAUAACCCAAAUGGACGGAAAGCGAACGAAAUUGAGGCAAUUCCCAAAGAGUGGUUGGUUAGUUUCUCUGUUGAAAAAAAUAGUCCGGUCUGCUUCCUCUAUCCCUGUAACGUGUCAACUCUUGAAUGUAUAUCCUUAAAGAAGGCUAAAAGAGUGCUCAACAAAGCUGACUGCAUGGUUUGCCAAGGUGUCGCACUUGGACUAGCAAGUUCCUAUGUAUCAGCACAAAAUAAAAAGGCCAGGCUGGAAAAAUAUGGUAAAGAAAUCAUUGACACUACAGAAGACGAAAAUACUCCCAGAAACCGUAUUCCAUCCUUGCUUUUGAAUGGAGGAGAUUUUGUUUUACAACCCAGUGACAGAUCAAGCUCGUCGAGGAAAAGAUCAGCUCCCACCUCGGCACCAGAUUUCUUAGGCAUUCUUCAAAAACAAACUGCAAACUCCAUUCGAAAACGUACAAAUCCAGAGGGAAGCACCAGCUUGAUUCAAGGAUCAGACGUAUUGCGGGCCAGAGAUCAAAGGACCAGCAAGACCUAUGUACCCGAAACACAGGAGGAGGAAGUACCAAGUGGUGCAGCUAAUUUGAUCGACAGCCAAGAAACAGAGUUUGAUGAUUAUGAAUCUGAGGAUCACGCCACAAAAACAACAAACCAAGCAUUGCCACCUCCCAGAGAGGAACUAACGUUUGGAUCUCUAGACAAUAUCUUUGCUCCAAUCGAAGGGCAGGCUGCUGGGAUCAUAUUGAAGGACAUCCCAGUCCUUUUUGUGCAGGACAAGGAAGUUCAGACCGAAGAACAGUAUCUUUCCCCACUUUUGGAUAAAGCAAACAUCCAAAAGCGUCUUGAUUCAUUAGAGACGAAAAUCCUCAGAUACUUUGUUCAGCAAAAAGAAGAAAGCAAAAGCCUGAACAAAAAGGUGGAUUCUAUUUAUGAAUUGGUGCAGGAACUGACGCAGCACUCCAACAAAAAUUCCAGUGACGAUCCAGCUUUUCAGUUUGAUGAGCCCAAAGUAUUUGAUCUUCCCUUACAAACUGAGGAAGGCUUCAAUUCCCUGGAGGCUGAACUUUCAGAAAAAGAGCAACAGAAGCUGCUGUACAAACAAAUCUACGGUGCAACGUUCGGAAAGUCUCUCUCCCUCAUUGUGAAAAGCUGCCUGGACAGUAUUUUAUCUGUAUCCUUGCAACGAUCUUUGGUUCUGAAAAGGCCAAAAAAGUGCUUGAAGAACCCUGCUGUCAAAAAAAGGGCUUUUGAACCCACAAAGAUUUACCAAGUGGCCAGAGCUGUUAUCAAGAAGAAGGUGGAAAAGGGCAAGCUUGGAGGUACAGCGGAGAUCAUUGACAAAAGAAUCAGCAGUCAUUUGGCAGGCUCUACAAAGCAACGCCCGAAUUGUUCAAAACCCUCUUCGCCGGCUCCAGCGGACUCGAUUGAUCCGACGUUGGUUUUUGCCAAUUUCGGAAGCGACCUUGAAAGCAUCUCGGGAGAAGAAGAUGGCGAAGUCUCUCAACAGGAAGAACCAGCGUCACCCGAUGUGUUAAGUGCCAGUCAAUAG